UGGGGCGGGGGGAGGGUUCUGCUGGGAGGUUUCAUUCGCCAUCUGCACGUCACUCCCAAACUUUUCCUCCCUGCACUCGGGGAAUCAGGUUGAUGCGCCCUGGAUGCGGGGCACGCGGCGCGGACUGGGCGCGCUCCCGCCGAGCCCGAGCUGCGGAGGCUUCCGGGCUGGGCUCGGGGUUUUCAGGUAAUCUGGCAUAUUUAAGAGUUUGUUCCCUAUGAAGAAAAAGACAUCCCAAGGGAACACUGCAGAGGUACAAACGUUCUAGGCGUCUCCAUGGCUCGCGUGCUGGGACAUCUGUCUAAGAGAAGACCAUGAUAGCUUCAAAUCUCUGGUGUCUCUUCAUGUUCGCCAGUGAUACUGUUCCUCCUUUUUUGUGUGCAAUGGGAAACACUUGAACGACCAACAGGCAGAACUACUCCUGUACUCCUGACAGCCUCCAUGUGCCAGUGGCUCUGGCAAAACAUGACAAUUAGAGAUCACUUCUUUUCGUUGUCUUUCAGAACCGAGCUAAAGAAUGUACUUCCUCCUUCUCUAGUGCGUUGCUGGCCGCUCAUGGUUAUAUUUUUUUCCGUUGCCUUUGCUUUCUGACCAUCUUACGUCAUCACAAAACGUCCUUACAAUUCCUGGUCAUACGUGUCCCGACUCCUUGGGGCAUUUGCCCAUGGCUCACUAAGCCCACAGCGCAAGGGCACUACCAUGAGGCACUGCAUUAAUUGCUGCAUACAGUCGUUACCCGACAGCACGCACAAGGAGAAAGUUGGCUGCCAAGGAGGCCUCAAGCACAGUCACCAGGCGUGCCCCACGUGCAAGGGAGAGAAUAAGAUUCUGUUUCGUGUAGACAGUAAGCAGAUGAACUUGCUUGCUGUUCUGGAAGUGAGGACUGAAGGGAAUGAGAACUGGGGAGGUUUUUUGCGCUUUAAAAAGGGCAAGAGAUGUAGCCUUAUUUUUGGGCUGAUAAUAAUGACCUUGGUGAUGGCUUCCUACAUCCUUUCUGGGGCCCACCAGGAACUUCUCAUCUCGUCUCCUUUCCAUUACGGAGGAUUCCCCAACAACCCUAGCCUGAUGGAUGGUGAAAACCCCAGCGAUACGAAAGAGCAUCAUUACCAACCCUCUGCAAAUAAUAUUUCAUACGUGAAGGACUACCCAAGCAUUAAACUAAUUAUUGACAGCAUCCGAGCCAGGAUUGAGUUCACCACCAGACAGCUCCCAGACUUACAAGACCUUAAGAGGCAGGAGUUGCACAUGUUUUCUGUCAUCCCCAAUAAAUUCCUUCCCAACAGUAAGAGCCCCUGUUGGUACGAGGAGUUUUCUGGGAGAAACACCACCGACCCCUACCUCACCAACUCCUACGUGCUCUACUCCAAGCGCUUCCGUUCUACCUUCCACGCCCUGCGCAAAGCCUUCUGGGGCCACCUCUCUCAUGCGCACGGGAAGCACUUCCGCCUGCGCUGCCUGCCACACUUCUACAUCAUUGGGCAGCCCAAGUGUGGCACCACCGACCUCUACGACCGCCUCCGGCUGCACCCAGAAGUGAAGUUCUCUGCCAUCAAAGAGCCGCACUGGUGGACCCGUAAGCGGUUUGGAAUUGUCCGCCUGAGAGAUGGACUUCGAGACCGCUAUCCCGUGGAAGAUUACCUGGACCUCUUUGACUUGGCUGCUCUCCAAAUCCAUCAAGGACUGCAGGCCAGCGCUGUGAAGGAGCAGGGCAAGAUGAAUCAAAUCAUUAUUGGGGAGGCCAGCGCUUCCACCAUGUGGGACAACAACGCGUGGACUUUCUUCUACGACAACAGCACAGAUGGAGAGCCACCAUUCCUGACCCAGGACUUCAUCCACGCCUUUCAGCCAGACGCCAAGCUGAUCGUCAUGCUCAGGGACCCUGUGGAGAGGUUGUACUCUGACUAUCUCUACUUUGCAAGUUCCAAUAAAUCCGCAGAUGACUUCCAUGAAAAAGUGGCAGAGGCUCUGCAGCUGUUUGAAAAUUGCAUGCUUGAUUAUUCGCUGCGCGCCUGCGUCUACAACAACACCCUCAACAAUGCCAUGCCUGUGAGGCUCCAGGUUGGGCUGUAUGCUGUGUACCUUCUGGAUUGGCUCACCGUUUUUAAUAAGGAACAGUUCCUCAUUCUGCGCCUGGAAGACCACGCAUCUAAUGUCAAGUACACCAUGCACAGGGUCUUCCAGUUCCUGAACCUGGGGCCCCUAAGUGAAAAGCAAGAGGCCUUGAUGACCAAGAGCCCAGCAUCCAACGCGAGGCGUCCUGAGGAUCGGAACCUGGGGCCCAUGUGGCCAGUCACAAAGAAGAUUCUGCAGGAUUUCUACGGGCCUUUCAAUGCCAGGCUGGCACAGGUUCUCGCUGAUGAAGCCUUCGCGUGGAAGACGCCCUGAGAGCCGAGUGCUUUAGGCACUGGGCCCACCGACUCUAUCUAAUUGCCUUGACUCUAACAGUCUGUGUGGGUAGGAAGCCGUUUUACUCACAGUGAGGAGAAAACCCUGGAGACUCCAGUCUUCUCUUUCUCCCCAGGCACCUGUUAAUUAUCUCCAUUUCAGAACUUCCUUUCUGAUGUUCUGUAGCUCAGAGGCCCCCUCACAGAGUCCCUCUACCUGAGGCCGCUGGAAGCUGCACUUGGCAGGAAUUCAGCUCUGCUGCAGGAGUGCUCGGAGCUGUGAGAGGAGGCCGUGGGAGGUCACCGCUGAGCUCUGCCUGCCCACCCUCUGGAGUCUGGGGCUUGACAAUUCUGGGAUCAGAUUAAGCAGCUAGAGGUCAUGGCCCAGGGGUUACCAGAACUUCAGUUUCACAUGCACUUUCCAGCUCGGAACAUUCUCUGUUAGAUCUUGGCCUCAUCUGUGCAGAGCCCAGCCUCUCUGGAGAACGGAGGCUCUUUGAUUUUCAUUUUUACUCCCCCAGGUCAGCCCUUCGGCGACAUUAACAAGCCCCACCUCCUCCUCCAUGUCCUCGUACAUUUGUGUUUAGUGUAGAAAAUGGAUACAUGUAAAACACGCUGCUUUUUGCAUUUGCCUGCCCCUAGCUCUCUUUUCUCCUUCUUUAGAUGUUUAUUUAAGAAAUUCAGUUUAUAUUUGGAGGGGAAAGUCUUGCUGUCAGUGCUAGAAUAGAGCAAUUUAAGGAACUGAACGUUUCCCAGUCGCUCUUGGUAACUGAAGCCCUCAUCCUGCAUCGAGGGCCGUGCGAGAACUGAGGGUAUUUCGUUUUUUCUUCUGCCGGCCACAUAUUCCACCCCUUCACCUUCCCAGCUGGGGGGAGCUUGUUAUCCAUGUUUUCCACCAAGGGUGGUCAGAGUUCCUUACUCAAGGAACUGUGAGGCAUUUGUGUCCUGAAUCAGAAACACAACGCACAAGCUAAACUUGGACUGAACAUGGAGUCCUGGGUUGCGGAAUGUGAUUGCCAAAAGCAGUGUUCCUAAUGGAACUUUCCAGUCCUUGGGGCAGUGUUGUUUAUGGUGCAUGUGCUGAAGGCCUUGGAAGUUGCGAGGAAGACUGGAGAGGGUGUUAAGCCCACUUGGCGGACCCAGGACAGGAGGCCAAGCAUUGCGCUGAGUGUUGCUGAGGGAGGCUUCCUGUCACCCGUUGUUCCCAGAACACUAAAUUCCUGGCUGUAAACUGCACGUGCGAGGUGGCCUGGCUUUGGUGGAGUGAGGAUCUGUGAUUGCUCAGCGGUCCAGCCCUACUGCUGCGAUCAUUCUGUCAUCAGAGGCAGGAGACCAGCCCACGGGCAGGUGCACACGGAGCUCUCAGCACUGGUGUGUCCGGCCCGGGUUCUGCUACUGAAGGAGCUGCAUUUUUUGAACACCCACGUGCAAAGACCAGCCCCGCCUUCCCCUCACAGCCGGUGCUCAGAGCAGCAGCCAGCGGGAAAAUCUGGCCCGAGCACAAGGACGCUUUAGGGAGAUAUCACUUCAGAGUGUGCGUGUGCGUGUAUUUAUUUGGAGCAGAGCGUGUGCAUGUGUAGGUGUGUUUUCUGAGUGGGUUCCCCUCAGUUCUGUCACUAAUGAGGCUCCUCCGCUCUGGACAGGAAGCCCUUGAAGAUUCAUUUCUCUGCCAAUUAACUUGUUGUUUCCAGUAUAUAUUUUACUCUUCCACACCGACCAUGAUUACGAGGGAUUUUCCUCAUGCACUUCUAUGCAUGUGAAUAACAUGUAGUGUAAUCUGCUUCUUACAGAAGUACUACUUGAAGAUAUUAUUUCCAAUAUUAUUUGGUUCAUUACUGAUCUUUUUUAUAUACACAGGCCCACCCCUUCUGUGCCACCCAGGGCCAUCAGACGUGGUGUUCUCUCUCGGGCCUCUCCAGAGGCCACAUCUGUUGCCUUUGUUCUCUCUCUGUUGAGACCCAGCUCUUGUUGAUAGCACAGGUACCAUUUCGGGCGGUGGCUCACUAGCCUGUCACCCCAAACCAAAGCGAGAUGGAGUGUUUCUCCCAACCUGGUAUUGGAGUUACUUUGUGUUCCCACAAGCCGUGGAUGGAUUGUAUGAAACUGUACACCCUUAGUCCUGUAAGGUAUGUUAUGUGAAUCACUGUUAUGCUGUACUUUUAGUAAUAUUUAACAUAAUUAAAGAUGGACCCAAG